CAAGGUCGGCAAUCAAACGCCACCUAAUUUUUGGUAUGAAAGACAUUCGACGUUCUCCAUCCAAACCCUAACUCUAGUUUCUCUCUUCCUAACCGUCCUUCUCCCUCCGAUUCCUGCCCCUUCGAUCUCUCUCCCGCCGCCGGAGAAGAUGACUACUAGGUUGAAGAAGAACAGGAAGAAGAGAGGUCAUGUUAGCGCCGGUCACGGACGUGUCGGCAAGCACCGGAAGCACCCCGGUGGUCGGGGUAAUGCUGGUGGCCUCCACCACCACCGGAUCCUCUUCGACAAGUACCACCCUGGGUACUUCGGGAAGGUGGGUAUGCGAUACUUUCACAAGCUGAGGAACAAGUUCUACUGCCCCACCGUUAACAUCGACAAGCUUUGGUCUCUCCUCCCGGCGGACGCCAAGGAGAAGGCGUCGGCCGACAACGCCCCCCUCAUUGACAUCACCCAGUUCGGGUACUUCAAGGUGCUUGGCAAGGGGAACCUUCCCCCAUCGCAGCCCAUUGUUGUCAAGGCAAAGCUCGUGUCCAAGUUGGCUGAGAAGAAGAUCAAGGGUGCCGGUGGUGCGGUCCUCUUGACGGCUUGAUGUUGCUGGUUAUGGGGGUUCCAUUUGACAUUCGAUAUGAGUAUCUAGUUUAUAGGUCCUUUUUGUUUCUCAUUUCUUCUCCUUCUUUUUCCGAGAGAUGAUUUUGUGCUUUUGCUGCUUUACUUUUAAUCAAAUUCAGAUGAAGGAUUGUUGCGACACGUUUAAUCCUAUAGAAGGAGUGCUUGUUUGUGUU